UUGAAGGGAGAAGGAGACGUAGAGAAACAAGUCAGCGGAGGAGGCACAACUGAGACGGGAGUCGCGGCGGCGUGCGAGGGCGGCCGAAGAGCGAAUUCGGAGAUUCCAACUUUGUCCUCGAUUCAUCCUUAUUUUUUGCCCGCGGCGGAAGAAAUUCCUCACCCGGAGCUUAAAACUGAGGACGAGCAUGCUAGGACAGGCUUCGGUGAAGCUGUGAUCUUUUGCCCAUUAAUCCGGCAAUGGCAGAUUCAGGAGAAUCUCAACAGCCCGAACAAGGUACAAAAUGACAGUAGGGAAACAGCAACUCUGGAAACCGAGACAGACUUUGGAAGAGACGCAAGGGCAAUACGUGAAAGAGCUCUUAAGAAAGCAGAGGAGGAUCUGAAGGGUAACAAACAGAUUUCUUCGGGCGGCAAUGAGAAGCUGUACAAAGGAAUUCAUGGGUAUACAGAUCACAAAGCUGGAUUUAGAAGAGAGCUAACAAUCGCAAGUGAGAAAGCUGGUGGAUCACAUGGGCCAUUUAGGGCAUCUGCACACAUCAGGGUCUCAGCAAGGUUUGAUUAUCAGCCGGAUAUAUGUAAAGAUUACAAAGAGACCGGUUACUGUGGUUAUGGAGAUUCUUGCAAGUUUAUGCAUGAUCGAGGGGAUUACAAGUCUGGAUGGCAAAUGGAGAAUGAGUGGGAUGAGGCAGAGAAGGCAAGGAAGAAGAAAUUAGCUAUGGGUGCGUUGGCCAAGGAGGAAGGUGAAUUUGAUGAAGCCAAUGAUGAUGACGACGAUGAUGACGAGGAUGCGCUGCCAUUUGCAUGUUUCAUUUGUAGGGAGCCUUUUGAAGAUCCUGUUCAUCAUUCCAAGAACAAGAAAUGCUUCGUCUGCAACAAGCAGACGUUGGGUAUUUUCAACACUGCUCAUGAAAUACGCAAGAGGAUGGCAGAGGCGAACAAAUGAUCAUGUUGGCUUGCUGCAGAUGCUGUAUCGGCUGAUCACUUUUUGAGUCCCUGACACGGGCUGUUGCAUCUUCCCGGCUCAUGACACUUCGAGCAAUUUCAUUUUAAGAGAGUUAUUAGUGAUCUAGUAUGACACCAUCGCAUUGCGAGUAUACCAUGUAAUCAAAAAGUUGAUCUGCAGGCGUCUGGAGUCCUGAUUUGCUUGUAUUUUGUAGACAGUUCUUUUCAUGUCUACACUGAUACGAUUGCGAAUUUCAUCCUCC